AUGGGUGGAGGCCAGAGCUUGACAUUGAACCUAGAGUUUGCCAUUUUGGCUAAACUGAAUGGCUCAAAAGCUCCAAGAAUCCUCCUGGCACUGCCUGCUCAGCGCUGGGAUCACAGGCUCAGUGCCACACCCAGCCAGGCUGACGUGUUGGUAAAGGCCUGUAGUUUCACUUCUCUGAAGGCUGGGGCAGGAGGAUUGUUAAAAUCUGCUCUAAAAUCUGAUAAAUUGGACAGUAAAGUUAAAAGAAUUGGACCUCACAUAGAAAUAUUCCAAUUGUUCCAAGGAAGAAACAAAAUCGUAUACACUAGAAGAAUAAUUAAACGGAUCACUGUCAUACAAGCCUUUGUCAGGGGAUGGCUUGAGUGCAGAAGACUUCAGAGAAUAACCACCAAGGCUUUGUAUCAUGGACCUAGUUUGAAAGUAGUUAUAAACAUGUAUCGGGCACUAAUCCACCGUAUUAGACAUCGACUUGGUCUUUGGAGAACAAGACAGGUUAUAGACUUUUCAGAGAUAGAAGAAUGGAUGGACAGAAAAAAAUUUUAUGAAACAAUGUUUGCCAAGAGAGAAGACUGGCGAGGGUUAGAAAGAAGUGAGCUCCUUAAGUGCUUCAACGACUGUGGUCAUUUCCCAACCCAGGCGCAAAUCGGCGAGUCCUGGGACCUGCUGCAUAGACAUAGUCGAGGAAAAUAUUCUGAAGUAAUCAAAAAGUCCAAUGCGAUUGAACUGCUAUUCACGAUUUAUCCUCCUCGAGGUGCCAAAGUGAACGCUAAUAUGCAUUUGAAGUCCACUUGGCUGAGACCUAUGGUGAAUGGUGAGGAGGGCUAUAAAUACAUAGUGAGUGGACAUCCAAUACUCAAGAGAGCUAACAUCCGGACUGUUGGUAAUUUGGUGGCUAAUUCCAUAAGAGAAAGGAAAAUGAGACAAUUCUAG